AUGGCGCUUCUUUCAGCCGAACAUCUGGCUGGUCCAGGCUACAUCAUCCUUAACGUCUUGCGAGGUCUGAACAUUAUUGCCCUCGCUUCAGUGGUCGCUAGCAGCGUGGUCAUGCUGGUGAAGACGUUCAUCAUCUCGAAGUUUUUCUUCUUCGACGCUACAAGCCAUGUCAUUACUGCGAUUGCUGGAAUAUUCUUCAUCGUCUCAGAAUGCUCAUUGUUCCGCAACUUCUACGCCUGCAACUGGCCGCUGCUCAGUCCAUCUCAUGGCUUUGUCACUUUGGGUUGUGCGAUGAUGGUAGUCGGACUCAACAUGCUCGGUAACAUGAACAAGGAGGCCACGAGCCAGAAGUCGCUCACUCUGCCGUUCUGGCGCCUGCUUGUUGCUUCGGGUAUCCUAGCCAUUGUCAUUGGCUUCUUCAACGUCGUCGCCAGUUUCGUCUUCCGCGAUAAGUCCCGAAGGAUCACUGCUCGCAUGGUACGCUCGAGAGGAGCCAUGACGCUUCACGAGGACAUCGAGACCCAAUCUCAGUACGAUCCCAAACACAAGGCCUUCACUAUCAGCACCCACCACACUGGAAGCACCUCCUCUCGCACCAACGUCCACGGCGGCACACCACCCAUGCGAAUGGGUACCCCGCCAGUUGAUUGUGGCUCACCUCAAGUCGCAUCUCCUAACAAAGAAGACCCCAACCACCUCUCCCAGUUCGACUUCAGCCCCCUCCGCGCUUUCCGAACAGCUCGCCAAUCCUUCCUACCCUCCUACCACAGUCAAUCACCUGCUAAGCCCAGCUUCUUCUCGCAUCGCCCAUCAAGCUCCAUCUACUCGCGUACCACAUCCGGCGAGCCGGCGAGGAAGAAGUUCUGGCAGCGACAACGCGAGGAGCAAGAGGAAGAGACUGCACGUAUGCCUGAGAUUAGCUACCCUUUGAACGUUAACCCACAAUUUGCACACCUUGUCAAGCCAAACCUUGCGCAUCAUCCUAGCGUAAGGAGGCCUGAGGCAGACUAUGACAAGAUCUAG